AUGCUUCUAUCCCAACCAAUCUUGUCGUUACUUGCUUUAUCAAUUGCUUCAGUUGACGCUUUACCAAUUCAACAAUUUUCGUUGAAACCAUUUUCACAAGAAGCGCUUGAUCAGUAUAACGUUUUACGUUUCUUAGGUACCGCUUCACCAUACGUUGCUAAUCCAGGUUAUGGUAUUGAAAGAGAUGCUCUUGCUCAAUGUAAAGUUUCUCAAGCUAACAUGAUCGCAAGACAUGGUGAAAGAUAUCCAAGUAAGAAAAAAGGUGAAAAAAUGAUUAAAAAUUUGGCUAGUAUCAGAAAUAAUACAGAACAAGUUGAAGGUCCUUUAGCAUUUUUGAAAGAUUAUGAAUUCAGAGCUCUUGAUGCUGCUGGCUUUGAGAAAGAAACUUCUUCAGGUCCUUAUGCUGGGUUGUUGGAGAUGUAUAAACUAGGUUCAUUGUUUAGAGAUCAUUACUAUGAGUUAUAUGAGGAUGGGGAAGAUAUAAAAUUCUAUGCGGCAAGCUCUAAGCGUGUUGUUGAAUCUGCUCACAAGUUUGCUGAAGGGUUUUUGGGUCAAAAUUAUAAUAAAACUUUUGUCAAAGUGAUUGAUGAAGAUGAUGAGAAAUUAGGCGCCAACUCGUUGACACCAGUAACUUCAUGUAAAAACUACAAUAAGAAACUACACAAGGACACUAUCAAAUCACUUAGUGAAUCUUAUUUGGAUCAAAUUGCUGAAAGAUUGAAUAAUGAGUCUCCAGGUAUAAACUUGACAGCAGAUGCUGUUGAAUCAUUAAUGUACUAUUGUGGUUAUGAUUUAAAUGUUGUUGGCUCAAAAGAAAUCUGUGAUAUUUUCACUACAACUGAUUUCUUAAGCUACUCUUAUGGUAAAGAUGUUGAGUAUUAUUAUGAAAAGGGACCAGGUAAUAAUAUGUCAAGUAUCAUCGGGUCAGUUUAUAUCAAUGCCGUUAUUGAGCUAUUGAAAGAUGAUACUAAAAACUUGACAUUAUCAUUUGCUCAUGAUUCAGAUAUCUUCUAUAUUAUCUCAAACUUGGGUAUAUUUGAUGAUGGUGAUUUGUCAGUUAAACAUAUUGACUUCAAUCAUUUAUGGAAAGUUUCAAAUAUUGCACCAAUGGGUGCUCGUUUGAUCAUUGAAAGAUUAGAAUGUGAGGGUUCUGAUGGGGAUUAUGUCAGAAUUGUUUUAAAUGAUGCUGUUAUUCCAAUUCCUGGUCAUUCUGAUGGCCCUGGUUUUAGCAUUUCUGUUAAGGAAUUUGAAGAUUAUAUUAGUGAAAAGCUUGAUGGACACACCUAUGCUAAGGAUUGUGGUAUUGAAUCUGGUAUUCCAACCAAUCUAACCUUCUUUUGGGAUAACUAA